AUGGGCACUGGUUACUACAUCCGUAAGCCUGUUGGGAUAGUGGGAAUCAUCCUGGGUGCUGGGGCCCUGGCUACCAUCAUAGCUCUGUCUGUUGUUUAUUCACAGGAAAAGGCUAAAAAUAUUGUCCCACCAACAGAUGCAGGAACAACAACAUCCAACCCCCAUGUUACAACCACAACACCUGCCCCAUCCAACAAGCCUUGGACAACACCUGCCCCAUCCAACAAGCCUUGGACAACACCUGCCCCAUCCAACAAGCCUUGGGACAAAUACCGGCUGCCCAACAGCCUGGUUCCGGACAACUAUAAUGUGACCCUGUGGCCACGACUGACUGCAGAUCUAACAACCGGACUCUACAUCUUUACAGGUCAUUCCAGUGUGGAGUUUGAGUGUGCCGAGGAGACUGACCUGAUUCUUAUCCACUCCAAUAAGCUGAACUACACCAAACUUGACAAUGGCAAGUUUGCGAGGCUUGUUUCAGUCAAUAGUGCGGUCAAAGCCCCUUCAAUCAAGGAUUCGUGGCUCCAGAAUGUGACUCAGUACCUGGUCCUUCAGUUGGAUGGUAAACUGGUUAAAGGUCACAGGUACCACCUCUACGCUGAAUUUACUGGAGAGUUGGCUGAUGACCUGGGAGGCUUCUAUAGGAGCGAGUAUAUAGAGGAUGGAGUGAGAAAGAUUAUUGCUACUACUCAGAUGCAGCCAACAGAUGCCAGGAAGGCUUUCCCCUGUUUUGAUGAGCCAGCUAUGAAAGCUGUUUUCUAUAUUACUGUAAUCCAUGACCAUGGCACAACAGCCCUGUCCAAUGGCAAGGAAAAAGAAUCAACUAACAUCAUCGUUGAUGGCCACAAUCUGCUGAAGACGGUUUUUGAGCCUACUGAGAGAAUGUCCACCUACUUGUUGGCAUUCAUUGUCAGUGACUUCACCUACAUCAGUAACACCACUGAUAGAGUUUUAAUCCGUAUCUUUGCCCGGAAGUCUGCUAUUACUGCUGGGCAAGGAGACUAUGCCCUUAACAAAACUGGACCUAUCCUUAACUUCUUUGAGAAGUAUUUCAAUUCCAGCUACCCUCUGCCCAAAUCUGAUCAGAUCGCUAUACCAGACUUUAAUGCUGGAGCCAUGGAGAACUGGGGUCUGAUAACGUACAGAGAGACAGCACUGCUCUACGAUGAAGCAUUCUCCUCCACCUCCAAUAAGGAGAGGAUCACUACCAUCAUUGCUCAUGAACUGGCUCAUAUGUGGUUUGGUAACCUGGUGACCCUGAGGUGGUGGAAUGACCUAUGGUUGAAUGAAGGCUUUGCAUCCUAUGUAGAGUACUUAGGAGCAGAUGAAGCUGAGCCCGACUGGAAUGUGAAAGACCUCAUCGUGCUCAAUGAUGUCCAUAGGGUGUUUGCAGUUGAUGCCCUGACCUCUUCUCAUCCCUUGUCUUCUAAUGAAGAUGACAUUCAAAAACCAGCACAGAUCAGUGAGCUGUUUGAUGCCAUCUCAUACAGCAAGGGAGCAUCUGUUCUGAGGAUGCUGUCACAUUUCUUAACAGAAGAAGUCUUCAAAAGGGGACUCACGACCUACUUGGCUGAAUUUGCUUUUAAGAAUGCGGUCUACACAGACCUAUGGACACAUCUCCAAAUGGCUGUUAAUGCUACUGGCAUUUUACUUCAUGACCCUGUGGAGAAUAUCAUGAACACCUGGGUGCGGCAGAUGGGCUUUCCUGUGGUUACAAUAGACACUGAUACUGGAGUUGUAUCCCAAAACCAUUUUCUCUUGGAUCCAGACUCCAAAGUCACAACUCCAUCUCACAACUAUGAAUGGAUUGUUCCAAUCACUUGGAUGAAGACUGGUGUCAAGAAGGAACUAGUAUGGCUGAGGGAGAAAUCAGACACAUUUGAUGCAAUGAGGGCAACAGGGUCUGAAUGGGUGCUGGCCAACCUUGAUGUUGUGGGUUACUACAGAGUCAACUAUGACAGAGGCAACUGGGACAGACUCCUAAGCGGCCUGAACACCAAUCACAUGCUUAUUCCAGUGAUCAACAGAGCUCAGCUAGUGGAUGAUGCCUUCAACCUGGCCAGAGCAAAGAUUAUCCCCACAGUGCUGGCCCUCAAUACCACCAAGUACCUGAAAAAUGAGAAAGAGUAUAUGCCCUGGCAAUCAACCUUGAACAACCUGGACUUCUUCUACCUCAUGUUUGACCGCACCGAGGUUUAUGGUCCCAUGCAGGAUUACCUAAGGCAACAGGUCACACCUCUAUAUGACUACUAUAAGAACGUAACUGACAACUGGAUCAAAAUACCGGACAGACACAUGGACCAGUAUAAUCAGGUGACUGCUAUCAGCCUGGCUUGCAGGACAGGUCUGGGGGAAUGCCAAACUUUGGCCGAGAGGUGGUUCAAGAACUGGAUGGACUCAGGGGAAAACCAGAUCCACCCCAAUCUCCGCUCCACUGUGUACUGUAAUGCCAUUGCAGCUGGUGGUACUAAAGAGUGGGAGUUUGCUUGGUCAGUGUUUCAGAAUGCCAGCGUUGCUUCAGAAGCAGAGAAACUGCGCUCAGCCCUGGCCUGUACCAAGCAAACCUGGCUGCUCAACAGGUACCUGGAGUACACUCUGGAUCCAACAAAGAUCCGAAAGCAAGAUGCCACCUCCACUAUUGUCUACGUCACUAACAAUGUGAUCGGACAGUCUUUGGCAUGGGACUUUGUCAGGGCUCGGUGGUCAUACAUUUUUAAUGAGUAUGGUGGAGGAUCAUUCUCCUUCGCUAACCUCAUCAAUGGAGUCACCAAGCGUUUUUCCACAGAGUUUGAGCUUCAGCAGCUCAAGCAGUUCAAGGCGGAUAACGCUGACGUUGGAUUCGGCUCUGGUACCCUGGCAGUGGAUCAGUCCAUUGAAAGAACCAUGGCCAACAUAAAGUGGGUUGCAGAGAACAAGCAGAAUGUUCUGGACUGGUUCGAGGCUGAAGCAAUAUCCAAAUGAUAUACAACUAUAUAUACACAGCUUACUCUGUAUUUAGUUGUAUGUCAUGUAAUUUAAAAAUGU